UCGGAGCGCGAGGGAGUUGCUGAGCCCAGCUCCAGCGCAGCAGCCCCGGGGCCAGCCGCCGGAGACUCCCGGGCGCCCCCCUGCCCAAGGGGACAUCGCAGGCUCCAGCCCCCGCUGGAGCGGCUGGAGGAGAUGCUGGCCUGUGCGGAGAUGCUGGCAAUGUGCCUGCUGUCGGCCAAGCCCGCCCCCAGCCCCUGCGCUGGGCAACCCCCGCAACCCCGCGGCCAGGGGCUCGCCCUCUUCCACGAUGUUUUUCGACGAGCCAACAAGAACGAUGAUGGCAAGCUGUCAUUUGAAGAGUUUAAGAACUAUUUUGCUGAUGGUAUUUUAAGCUCAGAGGAACUGUGGGAGCUGUUCAGUGGAAUUGACAGGCAUCAUUCAGACAACUUAGAGACGGAGAAGUUGUGUGAUUAUUUCUCGGAACACCUGGGAGAAUACAGACAUGUGCUUUCUGCUCUGGAAGCACUGAACACUGCUGUCCUGGCUGCCAUGGACAAAACCAAACUGGAGUAUGAGAGUUCCUCCAAGAUGGAGCAGUUUGUGACCCGCUUCCUGCUACGGGAGACCAGGACCCAGCUGCAGACCCUGCAGGCCUCGCUGGAGUGCGCCUCGGACACAAUUGAAGAGCAGGCCGGGUUGGAGAGGAAAGACUUGAAGAAAUCUGAAGUCUUCAUUGGCCCAAGAUCUGGCAGGAGAUGUGGGCGCAGAGCUCAGAAGACUGUCUGCUUGUCUCCAACGGAUCCCUAUUCCGGGAUGCUUACUACAGGGCUUUGUGUCGAAGCUGACAGCCAGUGGGUGGCUCAGAUUAACAGGCUACAGCAGCUCAUUGACAAACUGGAAUGCAAGAGCCCAAGGCUGGAGCCUCUAAAAGAAGAAGUUGUUUGCAAAGGGAGAAACGCUCACAUCCUGGUGGCUCAGAGACAGCUGUCGGUGACAGAGAGCGGCUUAGAGGGAUUCCACCAGGCACUCCAAUCCUACACAGAGGUCACAGCUGGUCAGAGGUGCUGCUUACACGUGUCUUCCCGCAAGCUGACGAGCGAGGCCUGCUUCAUUCUCUAUGAGUUCUGGCAGGACGUGACUUCGUGGAGAAGUCACUUACAGUCCAACUGCAGCAAGACGUUCCAGUGGGCCAUCAUUGACUUGCUGGAGUCUCCAGAGCUCGUGACCACCAUGCUUUUUCCAGCCUCCUGGUGGAUUGUGAAUAAUAAUUGAUCCUCUGCUGCCCUCUCCAAAAGCAGCCGGCGCGCGGACGGACGAGGCAUCCUCACUCCCAGACCCCUGGCUCUCUCUCCCCAGUGUGUCUGCAGCCUCCCCUCGUUGUCGCUUGUACAGUCCUGUCUGCUCCCUCCUCUGGCUGCACCAGGCUGUCCCUCCUGGGAGUAUUUUAUCCCUCUCCCCUCACAAUGUGACUUUCCACAGUGAUGUCACAUUGCUGCCAGCCAAUCAGCCUGUCCAGUUAUGAUGCUCCGCCCCUGAAUGUACCAUCUUCGAAGAAUGCACAACCACGCCCAUGUGAGUGGAUAAAGAAGCGGCUACCGUGAUACUUGAUGUCGGGCUGGCCUGAAGUCCAGUGUCAUGUGAUGACAUGCAGGGGCCAGAACUCACGUUGGCCUGACCCAUGGGGCUCGGAGCGCUGCAGAGACAGCAGUGCUGAGCCUGAUCCACGUUGGUGGGGAACAGAGACUGGAGGACAAGGGACGUUUAUUGUCCUCUGGCACUCACCUGGUAUUGAAUUCAUGGCAAGGCACUGAGGGACUCUGGAUUGAGCUGUGUCCAGCCACUGCACUAUGGGCCCUUUGGGGGAUGGCAGUGUGGGGAAACAGGGGGAUCUUCUGUGCUCUGAGCGGGGUCAGUGGAACCAGGCCAUACACAGAUCCUCUGGGGAUCAGCACGGGAUGGCUGGAUCCAAAUCUCUGCAAAGGUCCCACAACACCUCUAGACAAGCUGUGUGCUCCACUCUCCCUGCCUAUGCCCAGCAAUACAGUAGUCAGGGAGAGCAGAGGGUGGGCAGAGUGUGCACCCAUGCCUGCCAACCACCUCCAUGAGCUCUAAUUUCAGCCCUCCUGGCCCCAGCAUGGCCUCUUUAAGGCUGUGGCUGGCGAUGGACUCAUCUUAGUCUUAUUUAGAGCAGUUGAACUAGCCGCUGGCACUGGCCUAAUUCUGUAGCAUGGAGUCGGAUGGCCUCACUGCAAUUCCUAUCAAGACGUGUCCAUGUCCCCAAAACAACCCCUGCGUGUAGGUACCCCCACAGCAUAAUGGGCACUGGUCAGCCUCCCCGCUGGCUGUCCCCGCAGAGCAGCCAACAACCGAAUGGGCCUUGGCGCCUGAGCUCUCGCUCACUUCUAGCCGGUAUGCCACUGGGUUGAAAUCCAAGGUCACGGGCAAGGUGAUGUGUCUGGCAGCUUGCACUGCCCCAGCCACAUUCUAACUACACCUGGGGCUGCGUGGAGGACGUCAGCCUCCCAGACUGGCAGUCUGUCUCCUAUCACCACUGAUAGCUAGGAAGUAUUUUCCUGCAUGUCCAAUCUCAUGGUCCUGUAAAUGUCUGAAGACGAAACCCAGCCACCUAUGCUCACCCCACUGCAUGAUGUCAGGUCGGAGCAAUUUAAAUAGACAUUACCAUGGCGAGAAGCCUACCAGCAGUAGAGUUAUUUGAUUAAUCUUCUGGCCUAUCCCUUGGUGUGAAUGGGAAAUCUCCCUAGGUGCCAGCUCAGAACACUCUUCUGCCUGAGGGUAGAAGAAUUUCACACCUCAUUGCAGUCAUCCACAUGUGCAGACCCUGGGUGCAAAACACUACCUCCCAGCAUUCUACACCCACAGGUGCAAGUGACAGCACAAAGAGCAUACGUAGCCCACAGGUGAGUGUGGGUUCCAGGUUCCCCUCUGUGAGUUCCAGGUUCCUCCUCAGGGUCAUAGAGUUUAAGGCAAGAAGGGGUCCCCAAGUCAUCUAGUCUGCCUGCCUGUAUAUCCAGUGCAGUAUUAAUUCUCUUGUGGCACAUGCAGACACCCCUGGGCGUGGGGUGCAUAAUACACUAUCGGGCCUGAGCCUGGCAGCCUUCUAGUGUUUUCCCAGGGAGUUCUGCCUUGUUUUCAUAAGGCCCAAUCCAGCUUCCAUUGCAUUCAAUGGCAAAACUAUUGCUAUAAAGGAUGCUGGAUCAGUCCCUUUGUUUCUUUCAUAAAGCACGUGGCACAGGUGGCAUUGGUUCAUCUCCCUUAUUCG